GGGGGCGCCGAGGAAGUAGAGGAGAGUGAGGACAAAAAAAUUUAAUCAGUUGGGCAAACAAAUGCCUAUCAAUAACAAAUAACUAAUGAUCACGCCACGAAAAUGAAGAAACACGAAAAUUUGUCGGGCUAACUAAAGUAUCGAGUCAAUUGUAUCGAUCAAACAAUGGCCCAGGCAAACAGUCUAGUCUCCCGAAGAAUGUCGAGGGGACGUCCCUCCAAAGCUAAGCCCCAGAAGCCUCUAACUUCUGUCCUCCAGCAACGAAAACACCUCAAAGUCUUCGAGAAUGGGCUCGACGUCACUCCAAAACUCCUGACCCAUCGUUUUUAUCCCACAAUCGAGGAAAAUCGGCUAACAGCGUACGAUACUAUUGGAAUGCUGAAAACCGGAAGUGAAUCCAUGAUGUCCUUGAGCUCCGCCGCACUGCGAUCCAGCAUAUCCGGACUCGUAUCGAAGCCAUCUCCGACGCAUACAACCGUUAUUCCCCCCCUUGACGAGACAAUGGAAAGUCUGAUUGCAACCCAGGAAAUUGUGUCACUUGGUGACGAGUCUCGUGCUCCCUCACCAUUUUGUCUCCCAAAAUUUGAAGAAGCAUCGACCAAAUUCCCAGAGACGGUGACGAUUCUCCUGAAGGAGACGGAAACGAUGAUCAUCUUCGAGAUGCCGCAGUUGACUGCAGACCUGGACACUCCCGAGGGUCAGCAGGUGCAACAAGAGAACGAGAGGUACGAGAUGCUUACCUUGGAGGGUGGACCAAAGAGGAAACUGGCAGAAGCCGAGACACAGACACGGAGGGUCCACGUUAAAUCCAGGUCGACACACCUCGGAAGGGAGAGGAGAAUGAAUCAGGGGACUGUGGUCAAUAACUGGGUCAUUCAUGACACUUAUGCCGAGCUGGAAGGGGCUCAGAGGGUGGAAGAGACACCGGAUAGGAACAAGCUUCCAAAGCUCUCGCUGACCCCAGCGACCCCCAGCCCGGAAGCUCAACUGGCCGAAAUCAGCAAGAAAUCGUCCUUCAAAGAUGCUCUUCAAAUAAUGGAGAGGAUAAUUGCCAGCAAUCUCUUCAUAAUUCCUCAGAAGCGGUUCAAGGGUCUCUUGAAGAGUGACCCUUGUAGCCCAGACCUGAAGUUCACGUACUCCUUGAACCUCCUGUGGACGCACUCCUGUUCAGCAACGAAAGAUCGUCCGGUAACUGCCUUCAGGUGGAACUACACAAACCCCAAUAUUUUGGCCGUUGGUUACGGCUCCAAGAAGACAACCGGUGAUGGUGUCCUGCUCAUCUGGUGCAUGAAGAACCCGAGUCAACCAGACAGGACUUACCGAUUCGAAUCAGCAAUCUCCGACCUCGACUGGAGUCGAUCGAAGCCCAAUCAGCUGGCUGUGGGGUUCUACGACGGACGUCUCCGAGUCAUCGAUGUGAGCAGUAGGAGUUUGGCUGUUUUGCGGGACAGCAAGACCGACAAACUCCGUCUCUUCUCCCCACAAUGGCAAGUCCAGUGGUGGCAGGGGGACGAGUACAUGGACUACGAAGAGCAGAUCUACACGUCCACCCAGGACGGUCGAAUUCUGUGCUAUCCGAUCCACGAGGACUUCACCUCGACUCAGAUGAUGCGUAUACCCAGGAUUGAAGCGGAGAUCUCUGGAGUUCCUCGUAAGGAUUUCUGCGAGAAGGUCGACAUCUCGAUCCGCCGAAAUCCUGGGGCUGUACUGUUAAGAAGACAUCCUGAGAAACUUGACGGCUACUUCGUAGGCUCCGACGAGGGUUGCGUCCACACCUGCUCGACAAACUACCUCGAUCACCACGUGGACAGCUUCCUGGCGCAUGAUGGGCCAAUCUAUGCCUUCGAGUUUUCUCCAUUCAGCUCCAAAUUAUUCCUGACAUGCGGGGCUGACUGGACUGCACGGAUCUGGGCCGAGGGCAUCACGGAGCCCCUUAUCACCCUCUCUACGAGGAUGUCCUGCGUAAGGGCGGCCGCCUGGAGCCCCAAGAACUCCACGAUCCUGGCAACUUGUGCUGAUAACGAGAUCUCAAUUUGGGAUAUCAAGAGGAGAACUUAUAAACCCUCCUCGGUGACGCUCACUCCUGGUGGAAGACUCUGCGCUCUCGAGUUCACCAGGAGUGGAGAUCAGCUAGUGGUUGCUGAUAUAUCGGGAAGUGUCUUUGUGUACCAGCUCGAGGGGAUGCCGUUCCCGCCGUUCAAUCAGGUUGAACUUUUAGUAAAUUCGAUUCGGAAGGCGUUGGUUACAAAAGUGGAGUUGGAAAAAAAAUUUUUGAAAGUUUUCGAAUGAUUUAUGAGGAAAAUUUGUUGGUACUUACAGAGGAAAUCAAGUAAACUAAACUAUCUAUCAAUAUUUAUAGAAAAAAAUGACAUUACGAAGGAAAAUUCGUUCAUAAUUUAAAGAGGUAUUCGCGUAUUAAUUUUUUAUUUUAUUAUAUGUUUUAGUAAAAACAUACAUCUGACGAAAAUUACUUCCGUUAAUAAAUUGAAGCUUUCACUUGAACUACAAGAAAUGCCGGUAAAAAUAAUGUUAUAAACGUCAAUCGAAAUAGACAUGCUCAAACUAUUUCCGAGAAACCUCAGCCAUCCAACAAAUAUUCUCAUUUCAUGCACAAUUACCCCCCAAUAAAACAUACUCUGGCAUUAAUUUAUGAUACAGUCGACAUGAAGUCGUUCCUCCCACUAACACUCAUCCCCCAACCACCACUCGCCGCAUGAUUUAUGUCUGACGUUCAAGACAACCCAUUCUCCACCUAUCGCUAUUUUUCUAAUUUCAUUAUUCUCAAUGUGUAUUAUUAUGAAAGAAAAUAAUAAGACAAUAAUAACAGAAUUACUAUUGCUAUUACUAUCUCAAAUUUGUACUCUAAACAAAUUUAUGAACGUCCAGAUUUCCCUAAAUAACAGAAGAGCUCAGUGAGCUGAUCCUUCCGUCUCUCCUGUUCGAUCCUGAUCGAAAUUCGCUAUCACUUGAUUUUCGAUUUUCCUCAACUCUCUCUUUCCCUUUCCAUUAUCCAUCAUCAUCUCCUCACGCAUAAUUCAUUAUAAAAAAAUCCGUGGAUCCAAGUAGCGGUUACUUCCAUCGAUAAACCAACAUUUUUUACUCCUCUGUCUUUAUCUUUAUUUCUUUGCGAUUCGCGAGGAGCUGGAACACAAAUCAAACGCUUAAACCGCUGAUGUUUACCGGGAAAAACAAUCUCCGUGAAAUGUUUAUCACCUGUACACGAUGCGAUGCAAAGAGGGGAGAGGAAGGGGAUAUAAAACAUAAAUAAAAAUCACCGUAAUGCAGAUACAGUGUGUUACAUAGUUGGAGUGGGGAUUUAAGAGUCUUCGGGAGAUGAGGAAAACGCGUGGGGAUGGGAUAAUGGCGAUUGAGUGGCCUGUUGUAGCUAAUGCCUUCUCGUAUCCCAUUCCAACGUUAUGUUUUGCCGUUAAGAGUAAUGGUGGAUAUGGAUUAUGGUUAGCUGUUGCAUUUUACGGGGUGUUAAGACAGUUUGCGAGGGGAAAAUAACCAUUUUUUACAUUCGUCUUGAUGAUGGGCAUAUUUGGAGGUCCUGAGGGCUCUGGCUGCUGUUAUUUUAUUUGAAAAUUGGAUUUAUCCGGCUGAUUCUAUCACUUCUCUCUGGAUAUUCCCCAGUGCAGUGUUUGUAUGCGGUAUCGUAUGUGAAUUUUCAUGGACAUCUUUGGUUCCAGAUUUAUAUUUAAAAAAUGGACUGCGUAUCGCCCCCACAAGGAGAGAAGUUAUUUAUUCAAUUAUUUAUUUAUUGAUUUAUCGAAGAGCCAAUAGCGGACGCUGAUUAUAAGGUCAAUCAUUGCACCAGGUGGCUGGACAGUUGAAAUAAAUGUUCAAAAACUAUUUAUUUCCGUGGAAAAUCAAUUUAAGAAUUUUUUUGAAUUAGCCCAAUUUAUAAAAAUAAAAUCUUUGCAUGAUGGAUUAAUUGACGAGCUGAAUUCCAGAGCAAUCCCUCAUCUCGAAGAACUCCUCGAUAAAGUCAAAAUCAUCUGAAAAAUGUUGGCCAGUUCUGCUGGAAGAAGGGGUUGAGGGAGGGAGGAGGGUCCCGUGACCCCUGACCCGGCGAUGGGAACGUGGAAGCCGAAGAAUCCGGCCGAAAUAUCCCGUGCGCCCGGAGCGUGCGACCAGGAGAUGCCGAUCUUUGAAGAAUCUCCACCUUCUCAUCUUCUCCGUCCUUUACUCACACACGUUAAUCCCCGGUAUUCCGGACUUAUUCCAUUCCUCUGCAUCAUUCUCUACCGAGAAUUAUCGAAAAUUGAAUCGUUCCUCGCUCAUUCAUUUUGCGAGUAAUUCGACAAGAGGGGAAAUUAAGGAUCCAGAGGGGGUGGGAGGGGGUUACAUGGACCAGACGGAGUUUCAAAGCACUCAACAAUGAAUUUUAUAGUUAUUUAUGGAGUCUAUGGAGGGCGGAACAUCCUGGACAGUUGGAGUCAAGCAUUUUAAUUUUCUAAUUUGCUUAUCGGAAGAUGUCAGACGUGAACUGAUGAACGGAUACAAAUAUACCAGAUAUCUCGAUGGGAAUCGGUGGGUCUUGUUUCAACAAUUCAUCUGUCACUUCCACACAGACAAUUAUUGUAAAUCAUUGUUUAAAAAAUGUAGAGAUAAUCCACAGAAAUGUGGGAAAUGAGGGAUGAUAAUUGUUUUCACCACUCGGGGUAGAAUUUUCGCAGGAAAUUUAUCUUCGUGCAGAAAAAAGGAAAAAAUGGAGGCAGGAAUGAUGGUGUCUGGAAUGUGUAAAUUUUCAUGUACCCGAUGUAAUGGUAAGUAACUCGUAAAGAGGAUGUACGAGUAUCCCAGCUCCCCACCACUGUCAUUUCGGUAAAGCACCGAGCGUGUCUCGCAAUUACGCUAAAACUCCAGGAGGAAUAAUGCCAUUGGUGGUGGGGUAUUUGCGCGGGAAAGCUGGAGGCCAAUCGCCCCACUGCCUUCACCGCUACCCACCCCCGACCAACGGUGCAGGCGAAUCAUCCCAACCGCGGAAGAACUAGUCUAUUUCAAGUCCUCGAAGUGUUCGCUGGAUAUUUCAAGAUUUUUCGAAAUAUCAAUAACCACUUGGUUCCCCACUUUGUUACUGACAAAAAAAUUUUUCAGUUUGAAAUAUUAUUUUUUCAGUGUCAACCUCGACUUCCUAUGCCCCUCUGCAUUGGGUCCCAUGCGUUGGUGAGGAGGUCCACUAAUUUUCGAGGGAUUUAUUUCGUCGCGUGUGCCUGUCCUUUCACGAAAAAACUGUGAUUCCAAUGAGUUCUUCGUCGUAAAAACAUUCUGAAUGUGAAAUUUCGUGCUUCGAAUGUGAAAGAGUUGAUAAAGUGAUUUUUUUUCUGGAGAAAUGACUCACUUCCAUUCGAAACAUCUCGAAAACCAUUGAGAAAUCAUUGAGACGCGCCGUGAGGAAAUAAAGGGGGUUUUACGACGAUUAAAUAGCCCUUACUCAUGUCUCUGGGAGUUCCAACUCUCGAAACCGUGUUAUUUCUUUAAGUAGAUUGAAAUGAUUUGAUUAUGAGAGAACACAUGCACCGCUGGGAGAUCUUAUCAACAAUAAGACAAUGGAUUUAUUAUCUAGAAAAAUAUAUGAUCUGAGUUCUGAACUCCUCGAUGAUUUUUAAUAGUUUUGGAGAUGUUUUAAUUGACAGGGACAGAGUAGUGACAACGAGAGAAACUUUAUUCGAGUCUAUCCGCAGUUGAUGUCCACGUGACUGUGAAUGUCGUAUCACCUCCUGGCGCAGUCCUCGACAGUGCAACAUCCGUUUCGCUCUUCGCCACAAGAGAUUCUCCAGGAUCUACUCAAAGGGCACAGGCUGUGAGCUUUCUACUACCUCCAUAGGCAGUUCUUGACUACACAACUUCCGUUCGGCUUUUCGUUAGAAGAUAUUCUCCAAGGAUCUUCCCCCAAACCCUCUCGGAAACGCGAUAAAGUCAGUUGCACCCCCGCAACACUCAAAAUUUUAUUAUUUCCGAUGGAUCUCAGGAUCUUUCCUGGAACGUCAGGAUCAAUUCCCCGUCUGAUCCAGUCAAGAUUCGGAUAUAUUGCACAUCAGAGACUCGACUGAGAGACGACUCAACGUAUCUCACAUUAUUACUUAACCACUGGAUUUUACCGUCGAUAUGACAACGAAGUAAAUAAUAUACAGAGAAACGAAACAAUGAACAAUCAGUGUAUGUCUCCUUGGUGGAGAGUGUGGGCUUGGUGGCAGGCUGUCUCCUGCCACCAGUGGUAAAAUUCUCGAAACCACCCCCGAGAAUG